AUGAUAGUUAAUCUUGUUUUGAUUUUUCUUACUAUUAACAAUAUUAUUCUUAAUGAUGCAGUCAAUAAUUCAACUGAUAAUAUUCCAUUUUUUGUUAUGAAACCACGUAUUAUUAUCAAUCAAACAUUACAUUCCUAUUGUAAAGAACAAUAUGAAUUCAAUACGCGACCAAUGUAUAUUGAUUUAAAUAUAUGGCCUUCGGGAUUUAUUUAUACAUAUAAUCCAUAUGAAAAAUUCGAUUUCAUUUAUGAUACAACAUAUGAAGAAUGUACUGUAGAAUUACGUGCCCCAAUUAAUGAUCAAAUUCGAUUGAUUUUUUAUUCAGCUGAUAAAAAUAAUUCAAUUGAUUAUGAUGAGGAAUAUGAUACGUCUCAAUCUAAAUCACCAUGUUUAAGAAUUAGAGAUGUAAUUUAUAUAUAUUUAUAUCAAUUUAAGAUUUUUAUUUUUCUAUUUAUUUAG